GUGGAGGAGGCUGACCAGAUCUACCUGCUGAUGAAAGAGGAGUAUCGGAUAUCUAGGAAUGUGCGUCUUGCAUGGUUCCUUGGUAAACUAAACCAAGUCAUCUGGCCAGCCUCAAAGCCGGAACUACUGAACUCAGAGAACGAAUUGGACUUGCUCAGCAUCUUACCCAAAGGAUGGCAGUCGGAGUUCUCCCCCUCGAUGUACCCCUACAUGUUGAUGCCAUCCUCUCGGGCCACCUUCCUGGCCCGGAGGUACCGCUUCAUCAUCGAGCUGGACCUCAGCCCCUCGACAGGGAUUGUGGAUGACAGCACAGGAGAGAUGAUAUUCGAUGAGGUGUUUCAUGCCUUGUCCCGAUGUUUGACUGGUCUCAGUCAGCCGUUUAAAGUCCCGGGAACGGAGGAAGUUUUCAAGCCCAAGAUCUUCAUCACCAUCUUGGUGUAUUCAUCAAUUAUCGGACUUACAUCCCAUCAGGUUUUAGUUCAGGGCUGUCAGCUUGAUAGGACGGACCUUGAUGAGUUCCUGCAUCAAAUCUAUCAGCAGCUCAGAGCAGUGGAGAGCAACAUCGCACAAGUCCUUCAUCAGCAGCACGAACAGCCUCUGGAGCAAGUCCAAAAUUCAGGUGUCCAUGGCAACAACCUCGAUGAGCAGUCGCACAGAAAGCAGAGCAUCUCCAUCGUGUCAGCUGAUAUGGGUCUCGUCAGCAUGGUACGCCAAGGCAUCCUGGCCCUUCAGCUGCUGCCUCCAAACUCCAGUGCUGGUAUCAUUAUAAUCACAGAUGGAGUGACUAGUGUUCCCGAUGUAGCCGUGUGUGAAACCCUGCUCAACCAGCUCAGGAGUGGAACUAUCGCAUGCUCCUUUGUGCAGGUUGGCGGUGCGUACUCCUAUGACUGCAGCUUUGGCUACAUCCCCAACGUGGAGCUGAUGAAGUUCAUCUCAUUGGCCACCUUCGGUUCCUUCCUGCCUACCUGUCCUGAUGUCGACUUGAACAGCCAGGAGAUGAAUGCGUAUCACAAGGCCUUCCUGACCUAUUCCUUCCUUAAAACUCCUGAGUCCAUGAACUCCGAGUACUUCUGCGUUUCACAGCACAAACUGUUCAAUGAGCAUCUGUUGUCGGCCAGUGGUAACCCCGCCCUGGUCAUGAGGAGGAAGAAACACACAGAGAAGGAAGUCCAUGCCAACUUAAUCAGCGUGGUGUCUGUGCGACUGAGAGAGGGCUACACCAUCCGAGAGGUCAGCCUCACAAAAGGUGGGACUCAGCUGGAGGUGAAGCUGGUGUUGUUAUGGAAACACAACAUGCAUAUCGAGUAUCUGGCAGCUGCCUCUUGGCCUUUGGACCCCGCCAAGAGAACCACCAGGGUGGAGGUGACUAUGGAGGGAAGCUACGACAUCCUGCAUGAUAUCAGCUGCACCCAGAGGAAGCCCAUCACCAGCCCGUACCGCACUUCUGUCAUCCGGCGCUUUUGGAACACACUGCAGAGCAUCAAUCAGACCGAUCAGAUGUUGGUGCACCUCCAGUCCUUUAAUUCAGUUCCUGAGAACUACAUGAUUCCUGAGAGCACCAAAAAUGGAGUACCUCUGUUUUACAUCCCUCCUGGCUCUACUACUCCGGUCUUGUCAUUGCAGCAUGGUGGAUCCAAAGACUCCUCCCAGUCCCAGUUUGCUUCCUACUGGAAGCCCAUCCUCUCCAUGGACGCAAACUUCUGGCCGGUCCCCAAACACCUGCACACAGCUGGCAGCAACGGUCGUUACAGCACCAUACAGUGCCGUAUCUCCCACUCUGCCCUGACGUCUCUUCUGAGGGACUGGAGCAGCUUUGUGCUGGUGGAGGUCUACUCGUAUGUUAAACUCAUAUACAGGUGA